AUGAAUCCCCGACUGACUCGCUCAUCGUUGGCCUGUCUUUCAUGUCGGAGUCGCCAUCUCAAAUGCGAUGGGAAGCGACCCUCGUGCAGUCGCUGUCUGGAGGUGGCUCAGCCAUGUGAAUAUAUCCGUUCGCGGCGGGGGGGACUGGACCGGGCUGCCCUCGCCGAACGCCGCCAGCGCUUGGCCGCGGUGGCAUCAGAGACCAACUUGCUCAACCCCAUCCCACCAACAACUACUGAACAACCAGAGUCCCCGAUUCCGCUGCCUGCUCGGGCACAAACAUCUCAAUCCGAUCAGUCGGUGCUGCUCGACUCGUACUAUCGCCACUUUCACUCGUUACAUCCGUAUGCUCUCCCCCAGACGCACUUCCGAAACCUCUUGAGGGAUCCCAGCCAGGAAGUCCGAUGGAGACCCCUGAUCAACGUGAUGUGUUGCAUCGGACACAUCUAUCAUGCGCAUCGGUGGUCAGAUUCCCUAGAAGCACAAGCCGAGGCUUCUUUGGCACAAGCCUCUCCACUCGACCCAGUCCUGGUUCCGUCCCGACUUCUCUAUGCGAUAGUCUUGUUCUGGCAGGGCCACAAAGAGAAAGCUUUGUCACAGCUUGACAUGGCGAGAAAGCUGGUGUUGGAGCUACAGAUGUACCAGCCGCAAUGCGCAAGGGUCCAUGGGGGCAAUGACCCCAUCCUGCAGGAAUGCUGGAGGCGAGCCUGGUGGUCGGCCUACGUCUUGGACUUAUUCUUCGCGGGCACUCUCGGGACAGUAACGUUCGCGUUCCUGGAGAUCGAGGCCACGGUAGGACUGCCGUGCGAGGAGGGUGAAUAUGAGUCGGGGGAGAUCCCGCCUCCCAAAACCAUGCAAGACUUUGACUGCCGCGAAUUUGCCGUCGAUGAGCCCGUCUUUUCUUCAUUUGCCUAUCUCAUCAGUGCCGCGCGAUGUGCCGCAUUGGCGAUCCGUGCCGCCCCCAGGAACACGGUCAAGGAAGAUUCGACGCGGAUCAUUCAGACAGCGGACUCGAUGCUCGAUGGAUGGCUUCUGCUUUUACCGCCAGGCCGGAAACAGCUCAUGAAUAAGGCGGGCGAGAUUGACGAGCUCAUGUUCCAAGCCCAUUUGCUAAUCUACGUUGCCUUCAUCGGCCUGCACCGACCGUUUUCCGACCUGAAAUUCAAUCCCGUGGAGGAUCUGUCCAGCUGCGCGCGGGACCCACCUCCGGACGGCCCCACCCACGAGCUCGUCAACGUCCACACUGUCCGGGUUCUGCGCGCAGUCGAAGGCCAAUUCCGUCUCCUAGCCUUACCCCUGCAACGAUUCCACCACACCCCCUUCGUCACUUGCAUGAUCAGCGACGGCGCUCUCUCGCUGCUCUCCGCCUGCUACUGCCUCCUAGCGGGGACGGAUUUAGCCAUUGCACGCGACCAGAUGCGCAUGAUCAUCGGGUGUCUCAAGACGUUGGGCGCGAUCUGGCCCCGCACGGCAAAAAAUGUGCGCGAGAUCCAGACGAUCGCGAGCCACGUGCUGGGUCUCGCCCCUGCAAAAGCUAACUUGCGCUCCCGGGGGAGUACGAGUACGACCUCCGGUGGGCCGCCUAGCCUGACCCACGGGGACGAGACGCAGACAUCGGCCACGCCGCCGGAGGCCUCGAGCGCCAGCUCGGACUCCAAUUGGAUGCUUUCUUUGGAGAGUCUGCAAGCGAUGUGCGGGUGGUAUAACAUGAGUGAUCUAGAUGCAGACCCAUCGUGGGGGGUGGGUAUUGGUCUAUAG